AACACAUUUUACGAUACGAAGAAGAUUUUGGAGGGAUUAGAGCUUCCCCACGAGAGGAUUCAUGCGUGCCCCAAAGGUUGUAUGUUAUUUUGGAGAACUGAUGCACACUUGGACAGAUGUACAGUGUGCGAUAGCGACAGAUACAAAAGGACUUCUAAGGGGUCUUUAGUUCCAAUGAAAGUUCUGAUUUAUUUCCCAAUCACACCGAGAUUGCAAAGGUUGUAUGCAACAAAAAAUGUUGCUGAAGAAAUGACAUGGCAUGCCAAAAAUCCAAGAGCCGAAGACAAAAUGGCUCACCCUAGCGACAGUGAAGCUUGGAAGCAUUUGGAUAGAUCCUUUGACGAAUUUGCAUCUGAGCCUAGGAAUGUUCGGCUCGGUUUGUGUACCGAUGGGUUUGGUCCACAUGGAAAGUUUGGGGGUCAGUAUUCAUGUUGGCCGGUCAUCUUAACCCCGUACAACUUGCCGCCAUCGAUGUGCAUGAAGAAACCCUUCAUGUUCCUUUCGUUGCUCGUUCCUGGUCCUAAAAAUCCGAAGGGAACUUGGAUGUGUACAUGCAACCCUUAAUCGAGGAAUUGAAGCAAUUAUGGGAUGUUGGAGCAACAACUUAUGAUAUUUCUAGGAAACAAAAUUUCAAUAUGCGUGCUGCCAUUCUUUGGACAAUAAGUGAUUUUCCUGCGUACGGUAUGCUAUCUGGCUGGGCUACAGCUGGGAAAAAGGCAUGUCCUUACUGUUUGGACAAAUCUAAAGCUUUUUGGCUCGACCAUGGGGGUAAAGUUUCUUGGUUUGAUUGUCACCGUCAAUUCCUACCCCUAGAUCAUCCUUUUCGUAACAACAAAAUAGCUUUUUGCAGAAAUAAGGUUGAAAAAGGGUCUCCGCCACACAUCAUGUCUGGGGAAGAGUUGUGGUCCUGUGUUAAAGAUUUGCCAAAGGCUACAGAUGGGCCAGAAGCACUUAAUACUUUGAAAAAGUUGAAAAAAGGGUGGUUCAAACAAAGCUGUCUUUGGGAGCUCCCAUACUGGAAAACUCUCCAUCUUCGUAACAACCUUGACGUCAUGCACAUUGAGAAAAACUUUUUCGACCAACUAAUUCACACAAUUAUGGAUGUGAAAAAACAGACAUCAGACACUGUUGCAUCCAGAAAAGACAUUGCUAAAUUAUGUAAAAGGCCUCAACUUCACGUUACCAAGGAUGCGAACGGAAAAGAAACUCCACCAAAAGCGCCUUUCGCACUGGACAUAGCCCAAAGGAAAGUAUUAUGCAACUGGGUGAGAGAUUUGAAAUUUCCAGAUGGUUAUGCUUCCGACUUAACAAGAUGUGUGGACAUGCAGUCCGGUAAGCUGCACAGUAUGAAAAGUCAUGACUGUCAUGUCUUCAUGGAAAGAUUAUUACCGAUAGCAUUAAAGGAGUUGCUCCCGGUUCAUGUGUGGAAAGCUGUUACUGAGAUCAGCCUCUUUUUUCGUGAUUUGUGUUGCUCCACCAUCACAGUAAGAGACAUGGAAAGAUUGGAAAAGAACAUAGCCGAAAUCCUUUGUAAACUUGAAAAGAUUUUCCCACCAUCAUUCUUCAAUUCCAUGGAACACUUACCGAUUCACCUUCCACGCGAAGCUAGGCUAUGUGGUCCCGUACAAUACCGUUGGAUGUAUCCCUUUGAAAGGUUUCUUAAUCAUUUAAAACGCAAAAUUGGUAACAAGGCUCGUGUGGAGGGUUCUAUUUGUAAUGCGUACUUGUGCGAAGAGAUAGCAAACUUCUGUUCCAACUAUUUUCAGCAAGGAGUGGAUACUAAGACACGAGAUUUAGGUCGUAAUGUCACUGAUGAAGUUGAUAGGAUGCUCGAUGAAAAUGUCCCAGAACUAUUUAGAGUUGAUUGUGGUCGGCCGUCAAAUGCAGGUGGAAAACGAUAUUUAACUGAAGCAGAACUUCAGCGUGCACACCUAUAUGUGUUAGCAAAUACAGGCAUCUUACAAGAAUUUGAAAAGGGUUUCGAGGACCACAUUCUUCAAAUUCGACCUACUCUACGUGCAGAAGAUGUGUGGGUGCAACAUGAAGCAGAAUACCUUGAUUGGUUUAGAUCGAAAGUUAUUCAAGACAAACCAAAUGAUGAUGUACUGUUUGCUUUAGCAAUGGGUCCUUCGACAUUAGUUCGCACUUGGAAUGGAUACUAUGUUAAUGGAUACAAUUUCCAAACACAAGGAUCAAGCAAACACAAGUCCACCAUGAAUUAUGGAGUGUGUGUGUCUAAUGACGGAGGGAGUGAUUUCUUUGGGAUUCUAGAUGAUGUUAUAGAAUUAAAGUUUACUGGUGCACUUAGGCAAUAUAACACUAUUUUAUUCAAGUGCAAUUGGAUGGACAAUGUCAGGGGAAUGAACAUCGAUCAAUACAAGCUAGUUGAAGUCAACCAUACCAAGAAAUACCCCAAGUUUGAUCCCUUUGUGCUAUCAUACCAGGUAAUCAUGUCUAAUCCUAAGGGGCGCGGAGGUCGAGAUGGCUUAGGUGGAAGCCAAGGUCAUGGGCAAUUGAUUCGCAGGGAGCUUUUUGAGUCACCAGGAGCUCCAGAAAGCCCGAACCUUGGCUCUGAGACGCAACGAGAUGAUUCAGAGGCACGUGACAUUGGUGACCGCGUACCUGAGACGCCGAGCAGCCAGAGGGAGGAAGCUGAAGGGUCACACCGUGCAUCAAAAAGGGUUUUGAGCCCUACUGGAUUGUGGUUUGAUGAUAACAAAGUUAGCGGGUCCAUAACUGACAUUUUCCAGGGUCAUUUUCGAGAACCUUGGUUUAACUACGGUGAGGUGGACGAUGCAACAAAGACGCAUUGGUGGAACUCAUUCACGGGUCUUUACGAAUGGGCUCCUGAGUUAGAUGGCAAAGUGAGAAAAGCAUACCAGAUGAAAGCUAGAACUCGUUUGAAUGACUUGCGGUAUUGGGUGCUCAACAAAGCUAAAGAAAGGCCAAAAUGGUUGGGGAAAACCAUUUAUGAAACAAUGAAAAAGAAAAGCCAGUAGCCCGCAUUCCUCGAGAAAUCUGAGAAGGCAAAGAAGAACCGAAGAGGUGGUUCCCUCUCUAAUCCAGUUGAGCCGUCGCACUUUCAGGGUUCCAUCUCGGCGGCACAACAUGCUAAAAAGAUGGCAAAGAGUAGAGGAGGAGUACUCCCUACCGCCCCCGAGUUGUUCCUGAAGACUCAUUUCAAAACUGUUGCUGGAAAAGGAGAGAUUGCAGCAAACAAGAGAGCAAAACAAAUUUCGGAAACGUACAACAAGAAGCUGGAUGAUUGUAGCACUCAAGGGUCACAACCAAACCCUGAUUUGUUGUAUUGGGAGACAGUUGGUGGGAGGAACAGAGGAAAAGUGCAGGGGUUAGGUCAGGGAGAUCAUUUGUAUUACAACUCUUCAUCUGGGCGAGGAGGAGUUGGCUCUUCACAACCAUAUGAGCCAUCGAUUUUUUCUCAGCUAGAGGCGCAGGUGGAGGCCAAGGUCGCUGCACGGAUGGUAGAAGUGGAGGCAAAGGUUGCAGCACGUCUGGAAGAGUCAAACCGGGCCCUCGUGCAGGAAAUGAUGCGGAACAUGACUAAUUUUGGUCACUUGUUCUCAGGUUGCAACACAGGACCCUCUCCACAACGCAGACCAGAGGAUGACCCGGGGUUUGGUGGUGGCGGCACUAAUGCUACACAGACACCAGCUACAGUGUAGUUUGUUUGGUUUUGACAACUAGCUAGAUUACUAACUUAGAGUUUGUUCAUAAUUAGUCUAAUUUUAUAUAUGCACUUAGUGUCUAUAUUUAUCGGCA